UUUAUGGUUGCACCAUUUUCCCAGAGGAAAGGAUGGAUAAAAGAAGAAUAUCUAACAUAUAGAAGUUUAUAUUCGGUUUAAUGUUAAACGUCGCGUUUCCUCCUGGUUUCCUGUCGAUGUUCUUUUAAACCUUCUUGGUGAAAAUCACCGCUAAUGGCGUCGUGGCUGCUUCCGGUGCUCCUGCUGUCAGUGGCGGCUGCGGAGGAGAUGCUGGACAUCCCGGGAGGAAGCCUGCUGAUGGGAACCAGCGCGGCCGACGGGAGGGACGGGGAGUCCCCGGCCAGAGAGGUCCCGGUCCUGCCGUUCAGGAUGGACAGAUACCCGGUGACCAACUCCGACUUCAGAGAGUUUGUCCGAGCCGAGAAGUAUAAAACUGAAGCGGAGACGUUUGGUUGGAGUUUUGUGUUUCAGGACUUCGUGUCAGAUGAGCUGAAAAGCAAAGUCACGCAGAGGAUCGAGUCUGCUCCGUGGUGGCUGCCGGUAGAGCGGGUGUCCUGGAGACAGCCCUCAGGACCCGGCUCGGGGAUCCGCGAGCGCCUGGACUUCCCGGUGGUUCAGGUGAGCUGGAAUGACGCCCUGGCCUUCUGCCGCUGGAAAGACAAGAGGCUGCCGACGGAGGAGGAGUGGGAGUGGGCGGCGCGCGGCGGGCUGCAAGGCCGGACGUAUCCGUGGGGAAAUAAGUUCCAGGCCAACAGAAGCAACCUGUGGCAGGGCUCGUUUCCAGAUCAAGACGCAGCAGAGGACGGCUAUCACGGCGUCUCUCCCGUCGCAGCGUUUCCUCCUCAGAAUAGUUACGGGCUGUACGACAUGAUGGGGAACACGUGGGAGUGGACGUCCUCGCCGUUUCCGUCCGCCCGGCAGAUGUUCGUGCUGCGCGGGGCGUCCUGGAUCGACACGGUGGACGGCUCGGCCAAUCACAAGGCUCGGGUCACGACCCGGAUGGGAAACACUCCCGACUCCGCCUCGGAUAACCUGGGGUUCAGAUGCGCCGCCGACGCCGCGCAGAAACAGCAGAGGACCAAAGACAAGGCAGAACUGUAGAAACAAGAAGAGUUCACGUGAGCCUGGAGAGAGUCUUUAAUUACAUGACUAAAUAAAAGAGACCAGUUCAGAAAGAGUGACAGCGACACAGUGAUGAAUAAAAUGACGGUGGCAGAGUGUAUUUCUCCUGUGGAGAACAUCUCGGUGUAUAAGGAUCAAUAAAUGAAUCAUUUUCAGAAAAGGUUCAUCUCCAUCUCAUUCUGCUCAUGCUCAGUCCAAACAGAGACUGUUUCAUGUCUGUUUUCUUUUCUUCCACAUUCAUCAGCGAGUCCUUUCAGCGCCUCUCUUUGACAGCAGCAGCCGGUCGUCUCCCGUCACGCUGGAUCAGUCUUUUGUCGAGUGGUUGUACGUGACCGGAGAGUAGAUGUGUCCUUUAGUGAAGCAGAGGCUUCUCUAAUGUUGUCCUUCUCAAUCUGUUUACUU